AUGAAAUCAGAAUGUCGAUAUGUAGACAGUGCGAUACCACCCACGGCAGUUGACAAGAUUUUGGUGGACAGUGGAAGCUCUGUAGAUGUGCUAUUCUACCAUACGUUCAAGGAGAUAGGAUAUGAUGACAUAAACCUCGCACCAGUGGAAUAUGAUAUAUUCGGCUUCAACGGAACAGCGACAAUACCCAAGGGCGAGAUCACGCUGACAAUAACAAUAGAUACGUUGGAAACAAUAGUGACAUUCAGUGUCGUGGAAGUGGAUAUCCCUUACAAUGCGAUUAUAAGGAGGCCCUGGAUACAUGGAGUGAGAGGAAUCACAUCCACCUUCCAUCAGUGCAUUCGCUUCCCCGUACCAGAUGGAAUUGGAGAAAUCAAGGGAGACAUCAUACAGGCGAAAGAAUGUAAGGAUUUGAACGUGCGACAUCAAGAAGGGCGAAAACAAAGAAAGAAAGAUAAGAAGAAAAUGGCGAGAGAAGUUAAACAAGAGAGAGAAUUCCAAGUCUAG